AUGAGUAUGCAUAUGCUUCCGCCCCUACGGGCUGUUGUGCUUAUAACAUUAUUUUCUUGUCUUUUCCCCUUCGUCGCGUCCACAACAGAUACAUUCAACAAGAUCCCUAAGCCAACUUUCUCUUUUGAUCAACUUUGGAAGCUUGAGAAGAACUUUUGGGAUUCGUUCCUCUAUCCCACCAAUCUUGAGCAAACACAAGGAAACUCAUCUACAAUCUUUGCGCCCGAUGUUCAAGGGCGGGUCGAUAUUACGCGCACCUUCGACGGCGAUGAGCUAAACCGCGAAUAUAUCUUCGGCCUUUUCGCAGACCCAGACCACGUAAGUCUGGUGGGUGUCCCGAUUGCAUACAAUAUCACCCAGUUCACUGCAAAUGACAACAUCGCAUCCGCAACAACAGUCGUGACUUUCAACGCGAGUACUUUUGGAGUUCUCAUUCCUGUGACCAUUGAUACCUGGAUUGAAUUUAAUCCAGAUGGAAAGAUCGCGCAAUACGACGCGGUUUUCCGCUGGUUCGAUUACCUCUUGGACUUUUUACUCCAGGGAGUCGCGACAAAAAUCAACGCGACUUCUCCUGACCUUGCUGUAUCAUAUGUAUCUGAUGUCUUAGCAAAGACGAUCUGCGCUACACAUGAACAGCAUUGCACGGGGUCGAACCAACAAUACACCGAUACAGCAGCUUGCUAUGACUUUUUGACCAAGACUACUAGGUUUGGAAAAGGAUACGAGCUAGGCCGCAACACUCUGCUAUGUCGCGAGGUCCAUGAGCACAUGGUGCAGUAUCGGCCCGAUGUGCAUUGCCCUCAUAUCGGGCCCAGUGGUGGAGGUUACUGUGUUGAUGACAUGAAUUAUUCGCAGACUGUGCUGCAAAGAUACUUCAAUGAUUCAUGGAUUGCCUUUGGAUAUGGUAAUGACCAGAAUAUCUGGCUCGCCAACUAG